AUGGAUUUAGUCGCAGGUGUCCGCAAAGAAGGUAGUCGCGGCGGUCGCGACGCCUUCAAAUGGGAAGAUGUCAAACAAUCCUCCCACCGGGAGAACUACCUUGGUCACUCGAUCAUGGCGCCUGUCGGUCGAUGGCAGAAAGGUCGCGAUCUGCACUGGUACGCCAAGGCGAAGGAGGAAGACCCGAAGGCAGAAGACCAAGCCAAGAGAGAACGCGAAGAGGAAAUUCGCCGUAUCAAGGAAGCUGAGCAGGAGGCAAUGGCACGCGCACUGGGGCUUCCUGUCGCGCCGAAGAGCACCAAUGCCAACCUGACUCCCCUGGGCGGGAAAGAGGUCCAGAAAGCGGUUCAAGAGACGACGGCACAGGAUGAUGAUGAGGAAAGAGGCCGAGGGAUAGGAUUCGGCUCAUACGGGGGUGGACCAAGUGGAAUGACCGGUAAGGGCAAUGGCGACAGACUCGAGGCUGUCGGUCUGGAUUCGGACGGUCGGGCCGCAAGACGACCCCAUGCUUCGCGUAGUAGGAGCCCUCGUCGUGAGUCCAAGCGGGAGCGAAGUCGCGAUCGUAGCCGUGACAGGGACAGGGAACGGAGACGGCACAGACACGGUCAUGACCGUCACCAUCGCCAUGAGCACAGACACCGUUCUAGAUCCAGAUCCAGAUCGCAUGAUCGCGAUCGCGAUCGAAGGCGAGACCCGGAGCGAUCUCACCAUAGACGAAGAACACCAUCCCGUUCCAGGAGCCCGGAUAGAAGGCGCCACCAUGAUCGUGAUGAACGCGAUCGGCGAUGGGAACGUGACUAUUCGCCAGAUAGACGUCGGGACCAUCGAUACCGUGGGAGAAACAGAGAUUCAGAAUACGAUCGUCGGAGGUGA